AUGAAAACCAAGUCCGCUGGGGACCCAGCCGCGCGCUGCGCUCCCCGGAUCGUCCCUGGAGCCCCCCGGGGCCGACACCCGCGGGCGGGCGGUGGCUUCGGCAGGCGCCCCGCAGCCCCCGGGGGGGACCGGAAGCCCACUGCGGCCGCCCAGUCUUCAGCGGAAGAAAUGGAGGCACGGCGGCGUGUGUUAGGACCACACAGGAGCAUGGAGGGAUUUUCCACCCUGCAAGGCUCGGUGGAAGACUGGAACUGGCUGUCCUGUUGGUCCCAGCUGCAACUGUCCUUGUGUUCCCCCACCCCCUCGGCCUUGUACCUACGCAGACAGUACCUGGCAACAAUAGGUGCUCAGUUAAAACUAUAUUGGAAAAAGCAUGCCACACUGACCCGUCCGAGCGAAGUAGCGCGGACUACAAUUCCCAGCGUGCCCCGGGGCCAGCCCAGCUCAGCCCCGGUCGUGCCGGGGACCCCGGGUCGCGGAAGGGCGGCUUCGCGAACCCCGCGCUCGGAGCCGCGCUCGCUGGCGGGAAGCAGGGUCCGCCGGUCCUUCCCGGGUGGAACGGCGGCCGCCGCCUCCGCCAUGCUCCGCGGGCCGGGCCGGGCCCUGGGCCCGGCUCUCCAGGCGUCCUGGGCGCGGUGGUCCGGGAGCCGGGCGGGGGUCCCGGCCCGCGUGGUGGACCUGCGCAGCGACACGGUGACCAGGCCCGGCCCCGCCAUGCGGCGCGCCAUGGCCGAGGCGGCCGUGGGGGACGACGACUACGGCGAGGACCCCACCGUGCGCGAGCUGCAGGAAAAGACCGCGGAGCUGCUUGGGGUGGAGCGGACUCUGUUUGUACCCACUAACACCAUGGCCAACCUCAUCUCUGUGAUGGGUCACUGCCGGCGCCGGGGCUCCCAGCUCCUCCUCGGGCAGGAAAGCCACCUUCACGUCUAUGAGCAGGGCUUAGUGGCUCAGAUUGCCGGGGUGCAUUCCCACCCCCUCCCAGACCUGCCCCACGGCACCCUGGACCUGGAGGAGCUGGAGCGGGCCAUCACCCGUGGCCUGGGGAGCCCGUACCACCCCGUCUGCGAGCUCGUGUGCCUGGAGGACACGCACAACAGCGCAGGGGGCCGGGCCCUCCCCAUCGACUACCUCCGCCAGGUAGGCCCCCCUCCCCCGCCGCCACCGCCGCCACCAUGCCUCCCGUGCACCGCCUGGCGCGGGGGGCACGGGGCCCGGGUGCACCUGGACGGCGCCCGGCUGAUGAACGCAGCGGUGGCCCUGCGUGUGCCCCCGGCCCGCAUCGUGGAGCACUGUGACUCGGUGUCUUUCUGCUUCUCCAAGGGCCUGGGCGCGCCGGUGGGGGCUGUGCUUGGGGGGCCCAAAGACUUCAUCGAAGAAGCCUGGCGGCUCCGGAAAACCCUGGGCGGGGGCAUGCACCAGAGCGGGGUGCUGGCUGCGGCCGCCUUGGCGGGGCUGGCGGGCGCGGAGGAGGCGCUGCGGAGGGACCACAGCAACGCCCGGAGGUUUGCCCAAGGCCUGCAGGCGCUGGCCUCGCCCAUCUGCUCUGUGGACCCUGCUGCCGUGGAGACGAACAUAGUGCUGGUGCGGGUGCACGGGCUGCCAGCCGCCCGGCUGUGCCAGCGCCUGCAGGCCGUGAGCGCCCACGAGGCGGCCCAGACCGGCCAGGCCGUGCGCGUGCUGCUGCUCCCCUGGACGGAGCGGGCCGUGCGCGCCGUGUGGCACCGCGACGUCUCUGCGCGGGACACGGAGCUGGCGCUGCGCAAGUGGGAGCUCGUGCUGCGGCAGCUGGGGUCCGGAGGCGGGGACCGGGAGGCCGGGGCCCCCGCCGGGGCGGAGUGGGCGGCGCCCCUGGCCUAGGGGCCCUGCUGGGAGGAAAGGCCUCCGAGUGUGCAAACGCGGCGCACCCCCACGCAGCCAGGAGGGGAGUGCGACGAGACGCGGCCAAAACCAAGAGGAAAAGGACAACAGGAACUCGAGUCAGGCGCUGGUGGAGCACGCCCGUCAGCCCAGCUACUCCGGAGACUGAGAGCCGAGGACCGCGGCACAAGGCCAGCCAGGAAAGUCCGCGAGACUCUCUAUCUCCAACUGACCA